AUGAGAACUCCGGACUGGCCUCACAUAAGAAAAUUGAGGUUGGCGGACAAUGCUUUCUUGACUCCACGACCAGUCGAUGUAAUCAUUGGAGCAGAUUUCUACGGAAGGAUCAUCAAGCCAAACAUCAUCACAGGCUCACCAACAACACCAAUUGCUCAACUUUCCAUUUUUGGAUGGCUCGUUAUUGGCCCAGUUAACGAAUCACACUCAAAUACUAAUUAUUCACACUUUGCAGUUGUUCAAGACGACCAGAGCAACCUGCAAGAGCUGCUCACCAAAUUCUGGGUUCAAGAGGAGUCACCGAUGGACAUUCCAAGCACGCUCACUCCGGAGGAAGAAGAAUGCGAAUCACAUUUCUGUGCGACUCUCGUGAUCACACAGGAAGGCAAUUCACACAAGAUUGCUCAAAGAUGUCUACAAAGCACUUUGCGACGACUCUCCAAGGAUUCAACAUAUAACCAGCUCUACGUCGAGUUCAUGAAAGAAUACGAAGAAUUAGGACACAUGGUAAAGGCUCCAGAUCAUCAACGAAUUUCAUCACGAGAGGCUGAGAACGUUGGGCCUGAUGGGGAGAUGACCUUGGCACAUGAUGCUUCGGCAUCAGGAGGGUUGAGGGUCUCUUCUGACGGUUCAACACCUCAGACCUCUGCUCAUCUUCAACGAUAUUAUUUGCCUCACCAUGGAGUUCUACGUCUCGACAGUUCAACAACGAAGCUCAGGGUUGUAUUCAACGGAUCAAAAGCUACGACAUCAGGCAAAUCAGUCAACGAUUUAAUGCAUACUGGUGCUAAUUUGCUCUUGAAUGUUACAGAUGUUCUAUUUUGGCUUCGCCAUUAUCACCACAUUUUUGCCACAGAUAUCACAAAAAUGUAUCGCCAGGUAGCAGUUCACAAGGAUGAUUGGGAUCUCCAGCGAAUUCUUUGGAUCGAUGAAGACCGCAAUGUCAUCCCUUACCAGCUCACAACUGUCACGUAUGGCACAAAGGCGGCUCCCUUCCUGGCGACACGAGCACUCAUGCAACUUGUUCACGAUGAGGGUCAUCGAUUCCCUCUGGCAACGCCUUCGCUCACGCAUGGCAGAUAUGUGGACGAUAUCUUUGGAGGAGCAGACUCAAUCUCGGAACUUGUGGAGGUCGCUCAACAGCUGAUUGCAUUGUGCAACCCGGGCGGAUUCCCACUCGCAAAAUGGCAUGCGACUCACCCCGAAUUACUGAGGGCUGUUUCGUCAUCCACACAAUCGUCAGCUCCCAUAUCAUUUGACGACUGUGCUACAAAAUUACUCGGAAUUCAAUGGAUGCCUCAGACUGACGUAUUCUGCUUUUCAUCAACCUCGACUAAUCAACCAAGUAGGUGCUCAAAACGCCUCGUAUUGUCCGAAGUGGCUCGGAUAUUUGAUCCAUUAGGUUUCGUCUCACCGGUAAUAGUACGAGCAAAAAUGCUAUUACAAGAGCUCUGGCUACACAAGAUCAAUUGGGACGACCCAUUACUGUCUCAAAUUGUUUCACGAUGGUUCACCAUCAGAGAAGAUCUCAACAGCUUGGCCAAGCUAUCGAUCCCAAGAUGGUUCAACACAUGGAACAAUUCAUCUGUAGAAAUUCAUGGAUUCUCUGAUGCUUCUCAACUUGCCAUGGCAGCAGUGAUUUAUAUCACUGUUAGCUCUCCGUCCAACAACUCAACGACGUCACUUGUCUGUUCUAAGACAAAGGUUGCACCACUGAAGAGGCUCACAAUACCAAGAUUGGAGUUGUCUGCAGCACUCCUGUUGGCAAAACUCACAAAAUAUGUUCAAUCAACGCUCAAGGUAAAGAUCAAUGCAACGCACCUGUGGACGGAUUCUCAAGUUUCGCUCAUAUGGAUCAAAUCGCAAGCAUCACGUUGGAAGGAUUAUGUUCGGAACAGAGUCAUUCAGAUCCAAGAACUCACUCCAAAUGCGCAUUGGGGGCAUGUUCCAGGUACGUCUAAUCCAGCCGACUGUGCUUCACGAGGCAUUUCGACAGAUCAACUCCAACGAUUCGAGCUUUGGUGGAAAGGUCCUCCAUGGAUGGCUCGAAAUCAAGAUCAUUGGCCGGAGCAAAAGGAAUUCUCAACUUUAACCAGCGAGCUCGAAGUGAGACCCAAUGUCUCACUCUUUGCCUCAGCUCAAAAGCUAAGUUAUCAUUGGGAUCUCAUUUAUAAAUAUUCAUCUUUUAUUAAGCUGUAUAGACUGACUGCACUUUGUUUCAGGUUUGGCUCACGGCUUAAGAGAAAGCUCGAAACUCCUCCUGUGAUCAUCAUACCAUCCUGCGACAUGGAGAAGGCGCAGCUCUUCUGGAUUCACGCGACUCAACACUUGUAUUUCACCAGCGAAAUCAAGACCCUCAACUCAGGCUCAACCCUGCCUGCAACUCACCCCUUCAGUCGCCUCACCGCCUUCAUCGAUUCACAGGGAACAAUACGGGUAGGAGGAAGACUCACAAACACAGCGCUCAGCAGGGAUGAAAAACAUCCAGCGAUCCUCCCACGGGACGCUCACCUGUCGAAGAUCAUCAUUGAAGAUGCUUACAAGCGAACAUUUCACGGAGGAACGCAGCUCACGCUCGCAUAUAUUGGACAACGGUACUGGAUCAUCGAUGGCAGAGCUCCUGUCAAAUCUCACAUCUUGAGAUGCGUCGUGUGUGCUCGUCAGAGGGGGAUUCGUGCUCGUCAGAUGAUGGGUCAACUACCUCUCUCUCGAGUCACACCAUCACGACCAUUCGCUCACACCGGGGUCGAUUAUGCAGGACCGAUCACAAUGAAAAAUUCAAAGGGAAGAGGCUCGAAAACGAUCAAAGGAUGA